UUUCAUGCUGGUGGUGUCGGGUCUCGGCCGGCGCGCGCUGCGUGGGCCCUUCGCCUCGCGCAUGGCCAUGUCGUCCUACAUGUACGCGUCCGUGUGCUCGUUCUUCUUGAGCUCACGAGGUACAUUUCUUCGCAGCACGAACGCGCCCGAGCCAAAGUACCAAGUGCGAACCGUUGACACGGUCAUCUUUGAGUCGAAUGCCAAGUGGCCCAAGUACAUUGGGAAGGGCAGUGCGAUCCAGAUGUACACGACGGCCGCGCUGAGCGCACAGAUCCUCGUGACGCUUCCCGAGUCGGCAUCCCUGCUCGAGAAAGUCGCCACGGCGGGGCCUUUGGUCAGCUUGUCGGCGGUCAUCUUCUUUGGCGCCAAGUACCUCGGUGAGCGCGUGAUCACGAACGUGACGUCCUGCCGCACGAUCGGCGAGCGCGAUGAGUUUUUGAAGGUUCAAGUCGCGGGCGGUCUUCGCCCCAAGACGUUCCAGUGCUACCCCAAGGAUAUGAAGCUCGUCGCCAAGGACGAGAAAGGCAUGUGCACUGUCAAGAUCCAGCGCACGACGUUUUGGCUCGACACGAGCAAGGCGUCCGUGCUCCAGGAGCAGUCGCUCAAGAUCCUCAUGGACGGGAAGCCGCUCCUCGUGCGCAAGGGCAAGGUCAAGAAGGCAGCGCGUGCUUGAGCAUGAAAUAAUGUCAUACAUUGCACACAGUAAGGACGGAUGAUGAAAGUCUACUCGUCGUCAUCGUCGCUCGACGAAUCAUCGUCC